CAGCCUGUUGGGCCUUUAAUUCUCCUGCUGGAUUGUCGGCAGAACGACAAAUAUAGUUUUGUAGAGCUGAUGUGUGUCUUCGCGUCUUUUACAGCAGUUAAUUUUGCAUACUAUCGCUUUUUAUUUCGAGUUAGAAAGGAUUGUUUUUUGGGUGGUUACUACUUGUAAAUUACCAUUUACCAGUGCCUACCUACGUUUUGAAAAAAUAAAUAUUCCCGUCAUUAACUUCUGGGGCGGUUACAGUUUUGUGCGGAAAAGACUCUUGCCUCUUUUAAAAUGAUCCCAUGACGGAGAUGGAAUCCGCUACUGUUAGUCUGUUACCAAAGCUCACAGUUAAUCCCGGAAUGAGCGGAAAGAAGAAAGAGGUCAUUAGAUUAGAGCGUGAAUCUGUGAUUCCAAUUCUCAAGCCCAAGCUCAUCAUGACCUUGGCUAACCUCAUUGAACAUAAUACUGACCGGGCUGAGUUUCUAAAGCUCUGCAAAAGAGUUGAGUACACAAUUCGAGCUUGGUAUCUUCUACAAUUCGAGGACCUGAUGCAACUGUACUCCCUCUUUGAGCCCAUACAUGGGGCUCAGAAAUUGGAGCAGCAGAACCUAUCUCCUGAAGAUAUUGAUGUACUAGAACAGAACUUCCUGACAUAUUUAUUUCAGGUGAUGGAAAAGAGCAAUUUCAAGUUAACAACUGACGACGAAAUCGAUGUUGCACUUUCAGGGCAGUAUCUUCUAAAUCUUCCAAUCACGGUGGAUGAUUCUAAGGUUGACAAGAAGCUUUUGAAGAAAUAUUUUGCAGAGCAUCCUCACCAGAACCUUCCAGAUUUUGCUGAUAAGUACGUUAUUUUCCGGCGUGGUAUUGGGAUUGAUCAGACAACUAAUUACUUUUUCAUGGAGAAAGUGGAUAUGAUCAUUUCACGUUUAUGGAGAUGUCUAUUAAGACUAACAAGGCUGGAAAAGCUUUUGAAACGGUCAAGUGGGCGGCAUAAGAAAGAUCCGAAGAAACAAGAUGAUAUUAGCUCUGAAGCAGAUGGUGAUGAUCUAUCUGUUGAACGGAUCCGUCUCGAAAAUAUGGAACUAAGUAUUACAAAUUUGCUGGGCAAGAUCACAAUUCAAGAACCUACUUUUGAUAGGAUAAUUGUCGUCUACAGGCGAGCAAGUACAAAAUCUAAAAUGGAACGAGGAAUAUAUGUGAAGCAUUUCAAAAACAUUCCAAUGGCUGAUAUGGAAAUAGUUCUACCCGAGAAGAAAAACCCAGGAUUAACUCCAAUGGACUGGGUCAUAUUCCUAGGCUCUGCUAUAGUUGGGCUGGUUGCAGUAUUUGGUUCGCUUGAAAUGCCUAAAGCUGAUUUAUGGGUCAUCUUUGCCAUUCUAUCCACUGUGAUUGGUUAUUGUGCCAAGACAUACUUCACGUUUCAGCAAAACUUGGCUGCAUAUCAGAACUUGAUAACUCAAUCCAUGUACGACAAACAACUGGAUAGUGGAAAGGGUACUCUUCUUCACUUGUGCGAUGAUGUAAUUCAGCAGGAAGUCAAAGAGGUGAUCAUUUCUUUCUUUAUAUUGAUGGAACAGGGCAAAGCUACAAGACAGGAUCUUGAUAUGCGGUGCGAGGAACUAAUCAAACAAGAGUUUGGUGAGAGCUGUAAUUUUGAUGUGGACGAUGCAGCUCAAAAGUUAGAGAAACUAGGGAUUAUUGCUCGGGAUAGCGUCGGACGGUAUUAUUGCAUUGGGCUAAAACGGGCUAAUGAAAUUAUUGGAACCACCACUGAGGAACUUGUCCUUAAGGCAAAGCAGGGUGGUGGGGGUCCUUGAUUCUGUAUCGCCAAAGUAGAGCUUCUGUUUCUGAUUGUUUUUGCUGGAUGUAGCUUCUUUAUCUUAUAUACAAUAAUACAAGUACUUGUUUUUGC